AUGGCCAGCGAGACACCAAGGAUCGAUCCCACCGAAAUCUCCAACAUCAAUGCCCCCGUCUUUAGAAUAGUAGCGCAAAUCAAGUCACAGCCCACCGAGUCCCAACUGGUUUUGCAAUCGCCGACUAUAUCGUCGAAAAACAGCGGUGAGAUAGAAAUGAUCACUUUGAACAAUAUCCGUGUCUCGAUGAACAAAACGUUUGAAAUAGAUUCGUGGUAUGAAUUUGUUUGUAGGAACAACGAUGACGGCGAAUUGGGGUUUUUGAUCCUGGACGCCGUGCUCUGCAAGUUUAAGGAGAAUGAAGAAGUAAGCUUAAACGGCGUGGUUGCCUUGCAACGCCUAUGUAAAAAAUACCCAGAAAUAUACUAG